GUGACAGGUCGUGUUUUGGUGCCUGUCCCCGGAGUCGCCGCGUGAGUCACAGCGAGACGGCGGACGCCAAGGGUCCCCAAGAAGGACCCGGCGAGGAGGCCCUCAGUGUCUGCUCGCGGCGUCGCCUGUGAGCAUCGCUGCUUCGGAGGCGAGGGAGCCGCGAGGGAGGCGAGCGAAGGAGGCCACAGGAACAGGAUGGACAGGAGCCUCGACGCGUGAAUGUUCGGGCGCGUCGGCUGCUAGACACAAGGGCUGCUCGAGCGCGGCCUCCUCCCGACGGCUGCCCGACGGUGACGCUCAGGGGACGCCGGGCCCCGACAAGGUCAAAUUGCACCUCGGUCGCACAUCCGCGUGCGCACGCGCGGGAGCGCCCUCGAAGGGACAGCGGACAGUCCCGAGGAAUGCGCGACCACGCUCGCAGCGCAGAGGAGCGGCGGCCGAGGCGGACGGAGCGCCGGUGAUGCAGGCGGCGUGAGCGCAGGCGGACGCGAACGAGUGCUCGAGCGCGCGCAGGGAGAGAGCCUCGCGGCGGAGCCCGGGAGCGCAGCGCAGGAGGGGCAGCGGAGGCGCGCGAAGAAGCCUUACGCCCGCACGAGGAGGCCGCCCUUCACCGCCGGCGGAGCGACGCGGACGGCCGGCGCGAGGGCGUGCGAUCCCGCCCGCGGGGGAGGAUGGUGCGGCCGGACAGAGCCACCGCCGCCCACGCCCGCGUCUAGUGCAGCAGCGCCACCAUGUCCAGCUCGCACUCGUCUGGGUCGUCGAGUGGGCGGCUCUCAGGGGCGUCGCCCCACCCGCCGCCCAUGCUCGGCGCCGCCCUGACGCCCAAGAGCCUCCUCAAGCGAUGCAAGCUGCCCACUGCGGCCCACCUCCACACGCCCGCCGCGCCCACGGGCCUCGACCUCUCGCGCCCACUCCUGCUCUACCAGAACUACACGUCGACCAAGGUCCGCGGCGUGUCCCUCCGCCCGGGUCGCGACGGCGCCCUCGCCCCCGUCGGCCCCGCCAUCGUCAUCCCCGACUCGUACACAGGCUGGUUCGCCAUCGUGACGAGCGAGGGCCACACGGCGCCCUUCUUCUCGUCGGUGGAGCAGGUCGCCACCAGCAAGGUCUCCUUCUUCCUCACCAGAUACGACGUGCCCGCCUACACCAACCUCAAGGAUGAAAGCGGGCGCAUGACGUACCAGAAGACGGUGGUCCAGAGCGGCCACGUGCUCAAGCUCUUGGGCAUCUUCGAGGACCUCAACGCCCGGAGAACCAACAGCUCAGGCCGAGGGCGCGACGCCGGCCCCGUCUACGUGUGUGAUAAAUACGCGCAAUGUCUCAACUAUAGAAACGAGGUGGUGUUCCUCCCGUUCUCGGCGUCGGGACGCUUCUACACGACGGCGCACAAGACGAGCAAGAACCCCAACCACGUGUACCUGAUGGCGCACAUCCUCAAGAACCACAAGCUGCCCCUCACCGUCAGGCUCGUGUGCGGAUACAUGCCCCGCGUCCCCUGCAACUUCACCGGAGUGCUGCGACUGGAGGAGGCGGAGAAGGAGGCCGUCAUCCUCGCGUGCACGAUGACCAACGAGGCUCGAGCGACCCUGUUCGAGAUCGACGUGGCGUCCAACUUCGUCCUGACGCCCGUGAAGGACCCGCUGUUCCCCAAGUCGCCCAUCUUCCUCAAGACCGUCUCGUACUGCGAGGACGAGGCUGAGCCCUGGCGGCGGCAGAUCAAGGUCACGCAUCAUGUGACCGAGAAGAGGUCGCGGUCCCUCAGCCGCUCGCUGAGCGACAAGUUCGUGGAGCAGCCGCGUCCGGCCGGCUUCGCCUUCCUGGCCGAUGUCGAGAAGAGGAAGAACCGCGGCCGAGAGAAGUCGCGGGACCGCCUGGCCGUCCGCCUCGGCGAGCGGGCGCGAGACAAGAGCCGGGACAACAUCCUGAGGAGCCGCAGCAAGGAGACGCUGCUCGACCACAGCCCCAGCAAGAUCAACUGCAAGGGCCAAGACCAGAGGAAGCUGUCCAAGCAGAACACGUACAUCUUCCAGAACGGACGCAGCCCGCGGACGCAGCAGAAGAAGCAGGAGGCCGACGCCGUCCGCAGACUCAACCGAUCUAUCGAGAACCUGGACUACUCGAGGGUCGCGGACGACAUCAGCCCUGUGCACGAGGCGGAGGAGGGCGAGGACGAGGAGGCGCACUACACCGAGAUCUGCGAGUACAUCCUCAACAGGAAGUCCCCGCUGAAGAACGAGAGGCCGGGGCGCCAGCGGUCCGCCGACAAAGAGAACGGGACUCGCAGGGCAGCAGGACGCGCCCCGGAGAACAACCUCAGCUUCACUCUUCUCAAGAAGGACAUCGGAGGAUACUACGUCAAGAUCCCGGGCUUCGAGGUGCCCAAGGAGGAGCUGGACCAAGGGCUCUCGCCGGACCCCAGCAAAGGAGGCGACUCGCUGUGCUGAUCACCGAAGAAGCCGACGCUUCUGUGCGGGACAGCGGGCUUGCGACCGGGAAUUCUGUGCUGAGCCAUGGAGCAUGAGCGGUGUGUGCUAUGAACAUAGAUGAAAAGUGGCAAUGAAAUGGAAAAAAAAAAAAAACAUUCAGAGACAUUGAGUAAUAUGACUCGAAAAGUGGUG